GGUCUGGCUCUGCCCCUUUUCUUCUUCUGCUGGGAGAUUGGGGUCUCUGGGAGCUCUGCAGAUUUGAAGAUUGUACCAGGAGAGCAGCAGUGUUCCAGGGCUACCGAGGGACUGGGUCGGGCUUUGCUGUAUUUGAGAAGACCCCCCUGGACCCGAGAGGCUGUGGGCUUGGGGAGCAUGAGGAGGUUUCACAGCAGAAAGGACACUCCGGGGCUACCGGACAAGCCGGAAAAUGUGCCAGGGGAAGUCAGGCUCCAAGGGCACCACUCUGGGCUUCCAGCUGUGUGGACUGGACCAAGAAGGCUCAGAGAAAUGAUCUCAGGCCUGGAAGUGGGGAGAAGAAACUGUAUUAUGAAGGCAGAUGAACAGUUCCUGCAAAAGUGAGAUUUGUGUGUGCAGCUGGGCUGCACCGGACCAGGGAUGAGAGUGGGUGCCCGGGACUCGCCUACACUGCCUGGGGGUGCAGCCCGCACUCCUCACUACAGUCAAAUCGACUGUGCGUGCCUUCCAGUGGCUCAGGAGAGGACUCCAGGGGGAGGGAUGCUUACCUUGUGGGCUUUGGAAUAUAAGCCCUUUCACCUUCUCCGCUGGUCCUCACCACCUUGGCAAGGCAGGUAUUGUAACCCUGUUUUCUCAGGUAAGGACAUGGAGGCUGGGAGGAGUCUAGAGACUGGCCUGGCUAGUAGGAGGCUGAGUCAGGAUUUGAACCAGCAGAUCAUCUGGCCCCAGAGCCGGUAGUGGGUGGCACAGCAGGAGCUGCAACCGAGGCUCUUGACUCCUGCCUCGUCAUUCCCUGAGGUCCACAGGACAACCAGCCGGGGACCUGGGACCCCAUCUUGAUGCCCUGGGGAGAGGUGCUAGGCCUCUUUUGGGUCUAUGGGCUAUUUUUGGGCCAGUGGAGCCCAGUAAAGACCAUCUCAAACCGUGUGCCAGGGGAGGUCAGACUCCAAGAGCGCCACCUUCGGGCUUCCAGCUGUGUGGGCUGGACCAAGAAGGCUCAGAGAAUUAGGAGGUUCAUAUCUGAUCCUUUUCCUUCCAAGACUGGGAUUACCAGAUAAAACACAGGGCAUCCAGUUACAUUUGAAUUUCAGGUAACAAUUUUUUUUAAGUGUAAGUGUGUAGCCAAUAUUGCAUGAGAAAUACUCAUGCUAAAAAGUUAUUCGUCAUUUAUCUGAAAUGCAAGUUCAAAUUUAACCAAGUACCCUGUAUUUUUAUUUGCUAAAUCUAGAAACCCUCUCCAAGAGGCUCCUUGCCCUACUCACAGGGAGAGCCCGAUCUCCCUCUAGACAGGGGAGGCCCCCUUUUUCAGGCCGGAAAAGAUCUUGUAGUAAACUACUCAAGAGGCUGAGGCAGGAGGAUCGCCUGAGCCCAGGAAUUCAAGACCUGCCUGGGAAACAGAGCAAGACCCUGUCUCUGGGGAAAAUAUCAUACCAUAGCCUCCCUCAGGGACUCCCGUUCCUCCCACCUCAGGGCCAGUCAAGGGAACAGGCCUCUGCUCUAGGCAGAAGUGCCAGCAGCCGCUCUCUGAAAAGCUAGAUUUUGCCUGAGCUGGCUCCCUGUGUCCUGUGGAAAAUGCCUGGCCACGGUUUCUAUGGUUCCCAGGCUCCAACCCUGCAGUCCUCAGCCCUCAUCAGCAGGGGCCUCGGCAGGGUGGGGAGUGCCCUCUUUCCCUUGCCGGAGCCCCAAAGACUCUGCCAGCUCCCUCGGUUUGGCAGCAGCACUGCCCACCCUGUCUCAGGAGGUUCCUCCCCCUCAAUCCACCCAGCUACCAUGAAAGGCAAAUCAUAGGCCUUUCUCAUCUUUUAAGUGUUUUUACUUCCAUGGGGAAUCAUGUGUUGGAUGAGAAAAUUAUCCAGGGAAGGAGACACAGGUUCAGAAAGCUCUGCGAGUCCUGGAUGCUGGUCUGCCUUCUUGGCUCACCCUGGAAGGUGGACGCUGGCCCCACACAUCCCCUCUUAAAGAUGCAGGCCGACAGCCAGCAGAUCCCGGGGCUUGCUGGCCCCAAGUGAGUUGUCAGGGCUUCAGAGGACGCCAGUCACGGCAACCCCAGCUCCGUGGCUGCCACACCGGCCUGGGCUUCCCAGGACUGCCUCCUUCUUGUUCCCUUAUGUAGAUGAAAAAUGAGGUAAUGGCACUCCCCCUCCCCACCCUCCUCCCAGAAGUGCCCAGGGUGUAAACGCAAUAGCUUGUGUGAAGUCCACUGGAACCCAGGCUCACCAAGUCAGUCUUAACCAACACAGGCCCCAGCACCCGCAGAGCAGACACUGCGAUGACAACAGACGACACAGAAAUGCCUGCUAUGACUCCAGCACCAGGCCACGCCGCUCUGGAAACUCAAACGCCGAGCGCUGAGACCUCUUCUAAGGCCUCAACCCCAGCCAGCCCCAUUCCAGAAGCGGAGACCAGAGGAGCCAAGAGAAUUUCCCCUGCAAGAGAGACCAGGACUUUCACAAAAGCACCUCCCGACUUCAGGGUGCUGAUCGCCACGUCUGUGGAGACAUCAGCCACCAGUGGCAGCCCCAAGGGAGCUGGAAUGACCACAGUUCAGACUGUCACAGGCAGUGAUCCAGAGGAAGCCAUCUUUGACACCCUUUGCACCGAUGACAGCUCUGAAGAGGCAAAGACACUCACAAUGGACAUAUUGACAUUGGCUCACACCUCCACAGAAGCUAAGGUGCUGUCCUCAGAGAGCAGCACCUCUUCCGACGGCCCCCAUCCAGUCAUCACCCCCUCACUGGCCUCAGAGAGCAGCACCUCUUCUGACAGCCCCCAUCCAGUCAUCACCCCGUCACGGGCCUCAGAGAGCAGCGCCUCUUCCGAUGGCCCCCAACCAGUCAUCACCCCGUCACGGGCCUCAGAGAGCAGCACCUCUUCUGACAGCCCCCAUCCAGUCAUCACCCCGUCAUGGGCCUCAGAGAGCAGCGCCUCUUCCGAUAGCCCCCAUCCAGUCAUCACCCCGUCAUGGUCCCCGGGAUCUGACAUCACUCUCCUCACUGAAGCCCUGGUGACCGUCACCCACAUCGAGGUUAUCAAUUGCAGCAUCACAGAAAUAGAAACACUGACUUCCAGCAUCCCUGGGGCCUCAGACAGAGAUCACAUCCCCACGGAAGGGGUGAAGGCCUCGUCCAUCUCCGAUCCACCAGCUCUGCCUGACUCCACUGACGCAAAACCACACAUCACUGAGGCCACAGCCUCUGCCGAGACCCUGUCCACAGCCGGCACCACAGAGUCAGCUGCACCUGAUGCCACGGUUGGGACCCCACUCCCCACCAACAGCACCACAGAAAGUGAAGUGACAGCACCCAGGGCCACGACCCUCAGUGGAGCUCUGGCCACAGUUAGUGGGAAUCCCCUGGAAGGAACCUCAGCCCUCUCUGUUGAGACACCAAGUUACGUCAAAGUCUCAGGAGCAGCUCCGGUCUCCAUAGAGGCUGGGUCAGCAGUGGGCAAAACUACUUCCUUUGCUGGGAGCUCUGCUUCCUCCUACAGCCCCUCGGAAGCCACCCUCAAGAAUUUCACCCCUUCAGAGACACCGACCACGGACAUCACAACCCAGGGGCCCUUCCCCACCAGCAGGGACCCUCUUCCUUCUGUCCCUCCGACUACAACCAACAGCAGCCGAGGGACGAACAGCACCUUAGCCAAGACCACAACCUCAGCAAAGACCCCCAUGAAGCCCCCAACAGCCACGCCCACCACUGCUCGGACGAGGCCGACCACAGACGUGAGUGCAGGUGAAAAAGGAGGUUUCCUCCUCCUGAGGCUGAGUGUGGCUUCCCUGGAAGACCUCACUGACCCCAGAGUGGCAGAAAGACUGAUGCAGCAGCUCCACCAGGAACUCCACGCCCAAGCGCCUCACUUCCAGGUCUCCUUACUGCACGUCAGGAGAGGCUAACAGACAUCAGCUGCAGCCAGGCAUGUCCUGUACGCCAAAAGAGAGUGCUGCCCCUGGCCUGGGCACCCACCGACAGACUGCAGCUGCGUUACUGUGCUGAGAGGUACCCAGAAGGUUCCCAUGAAGGGCAGCAGGUCCAAGCCCCUGACCCCAGAUGUGGAAACAGGACCCUUGCUCACGUCCACCGGAGCGUAUGUGUGGGGAGGGGCUUCACCUGUUCCCAGAGGUGUCCUUGGACUCACCUUGGCACAUGUUCUGUGUUUCAGUAAAGAGAGACCUGGUCACCCA